AUGGUUAAACGAAAUCAAAUCCAUUGCAUUCUCCGAACACUAGCUUUUUCAACAUUUGAUAUUUUAUUUUCCUUUAUUGGAAUUUGUUUUAAUGGAACUUCAUUUUCCUAUCAACAUUUCCGUGAUGAUUUUGCAAUGCCUUAUAAAUUUAAUAAAUCUGUUUCUGAUUUUUUUAUGAUCUCUUUGUUACGAAUGGUAUUUUUGUUUGUUGGUUGUUUUAUUCUGAUUUUUAAAAGAAAGCCUUCUCGUCCUCUUGGACAUUUAGCCCACGCGUCAUUUGCACUCUGUAUAAUUCUAAUUUCUUUUACUCCAGCAAAAUUUCUUGGAUUAAGCGACAAUACAGGCACUCAACAUCCCGGCAAUUUAUAUAUUGGGGAUAUAAUUCUAUUAAUUUCCAAUGUUUUCUUUUCUGUUUUGGCCCACAGAAUUUGGCUGGGAUUUUUAAGGGCUGCCAAAAGAAUUGAAAAUAUUUAUCAACGUUUGGAGGAAGAGGAGGAGGAAGAAGAUGAAAAUUCUGAGGAAGAACAACAAAAAACAACACAGGAAGGAAGGAUUUCUGCUGACAUGAAAACACAUAUAAUUAUUAUUCGCUUACUUCAAUAUUGCAAAAAUGAAUGGCUUUGGCAUAUUAGUGGAUUUACUUGGCUUUUUAUUUAUUCUUUGACUCGUAUCUUCGUCCCAUACUAUACCGGUCAAGUAAUCGCCAGCGUUGUGUCAAGUACUGGAGAUAAAUAUGCCGCUUUGGUUGAUUCUGUUAAACUAAUGCUUUUUAUUUCGAUUGUUUGCGCAGUAGCAGGUGGUUUUCGUGGAGGGUCAUUUGAGUAUGCCUAUGCUAGAGUUAAUAGAGCUGUUAGACAUAAUUUAUUUUCUUCUCUAAUACAUCAAGAAAUUGCAUUUUUUGAUAGACACAAAACAGGCAAAAUUAAACUUUUUGGAAAAAAAAUUUUUGAAAAAUUAAAAAAAAAAUUUGCAGGUGAAAUAACUUCACGCUUAACUGCAGAUACUACAACAAUGUAA